GGUGGAGUUACGAAUAUGGUGACAACAAUUAAAAUAACCUGCGAUGGGGUUUUCAUCCAAUCCAAUUCGUAUCUUAUGCCUACAACUGGACAACGGAGAACAGGAACAAAAUCACCUGAAGAAGAAGAAGAAGGAGCUGCUGCUGCCAAUAGAUCCUCAUUAUCAUCAUCAUCGACAACAUCAUCGAAAUCGAUUUUAGCGGCUAAGAUUUUAAAUUCAGAAAGUGAUAAUUCUCAGACAAGUCAAAAUUCUAUAACAAAACGCAACAACGGAGUCGGACAGGCUCAUCAGCGGAGCCAGGACUUACGUAAACGUUAUUACUUUGGUAGCAAGGACAUUUAUUGGUGCAAACAAAGUUUGAGUUCGGGUCUAACACGUAGUGCCAGUAGUUUGACUCACAAGGAGGCCAUUUAUGGGGGUUCCACUGUUGCCUCUCCUCACAUUAUAGCCAAAGCGAGACGUAAACCGUUGCAAUUGUGCAGUAGCAGCAGCUUAAGUGCUGCCUAUGCUCCACCUAAACGCAAGGAAUUCUAUUUUUGUGAUAAAUAUGCACCACCAGGAACAGCAACAACAACAACAUCAUCAUCACAAGAAGCAACUAGAACUGGAGCAAACGAAAAACCCAAUGGCAAGAGUCUAUCACAGUCUCGUUCAAGCACCGCCUCACCAUCCCCAGCGCAGCCCAUCGAUCGAGCAUACUUAUUGAAUUUCUUACGCUCUGCCCAACGUAAAUUUCAAGUAGCCAAGCUAAAAUCGGAGCCAACUCAAAGUAGUAAUAAUAAUAAUAAUAAUACCAAAGAAAAAUCAAAUAGAGGAAAAUCUCAAAGUCGGAAAAUACUCAAUCAGCCGACAACGGAGCAUCAUCAUCAUUACAACAAUAGUGUAUCGUUGCCCCCCAUAAUACGCACUGACGAUUGGUUUGACGAAGAAGAAGCUGUAGCAAGCAGGCCACAACAACUAAACGAAGAAAGAACAAAACAAACUGUUGAAGACAAAAAGGAGAAAGAAAAUCAAGUGAAGGAGGAGGAGGAGAAGAAGGAGGAAAGUGAGAAGGAGAAGCAAAAGCAAAUCGAUCCACUGAUCACAGUUGAGAUCAAACAGGGACAACUAAAGUUAUUGGAAUCGGAAACGCUAAACGCAGAAACGAAACUUAGUGCUAUGAAUAGUCACGCCACGGCCACACAAAACGGACAAACAACGGUCGUUGGACAUCAUCGAGGUUUCUCACAGCCAUCGGUAACGGUUGCGGCAGCGACUGCAGCAGCCGGUGGUAGCACAGCAGGUGAUCCAUGGUUUCUGCAGACAACUGGGCAUCAAAUGCCACCCACAGCACCGCUGAGACAUAAUAAACGACCUGCGCCACAGCCAAAUGUGACGUCGGCGGGUGGUGUCGGUGUUGGUGGAGCAGCCGCCGCAAUUCUCUUACAUCAGCAACAGUUAAGCCAAUCCCAGCCUCAUAUAGUGCCCCCAAGCAUACCGCCACAUCACCAUCAUCAUCAUACAGGAGUCGGGCAUACAUCAGGAGGAACGGCGGCAGCUUUGCAUUUGUCAUCGCAUGCUUUAAAUAGUCAUAAUUUAAUCAGCAAUCAUUCGCCCAAAUCCCCCAACCAGAUACAGCAGCAGCAGCAGCAGCAGCAGCAUACGACGACGUCAAACCUCUCCACCUUUGCCCCUGUAGCAGCAUCAGUGGCUGCCCCGCCAUUAACAUCGGCUACUGCCACGCAACCAGCCUCAGUUACAGCUGCUGCCGUUGCAGCGGUAACCCAACAGCAACAGCAGCAACAUCUUCAGCUAUUGGCCAAUUGUGCUUCCAGUAAUAGUAACGCCAAUUUAAUGUCCUCCUCGAUGAAUGCAGCCCAAUUGCAAUCGCUUCAUGCCUCUGAACGAGCUCUCCCACCAAAGAGUUUAGCCCUGAGUAGUGGUGGCAUCGGCGGUGGCAGCAACAUGUUGCUCCAUACCGUUGGCAGCAGCAGCAGCAACCCUUCCACAUUACAACAACAACAACAGUCCGCAUCCGCUGUCGUGGGCAGUAGCAGCGGUGGUGGCGGCGGCACUGCCAUGUCCACUUCUCUGCAUAGCUUUGAUAUCAAUGGUGGUGGUGUAGCAGCAGCGGCGGGGGCGGCAUCUAGCUCUUGGUCAAGUGGUUCCACUACGGCCAUGAACUAUUCAUCCCUCUCGCCCACUGCUGCCUUGGGGCCACAACAGUUGAGAAAAUGUGAGGUCAAGCUGAAUGCAAUGCCUUGGUUCCAUGGCAGCAUAACACGCGAUGAGGCCGAACAUUUACUCCAACCACGUGAAGAUGGCCUCUUUCUAGUGCGCGAAUCGACUAAUUUCCCCGGGGACUAUACGCUCUGUGUUUGCUUUCAAUCGAAGGUCGAGCAUUAUCGUGUUAAGUAUCUGGAAAACAAACUAACCAUAGACGAUGAGGAAUACUUUGAGAAUCUGGGACAACUUGUGGCGCACUAUGAAGCGGAUGCAGAUGGUCUUUGCACUCAGCUGGUGAAAUGUUUACCGAAAUUGGGUAAACAAGAGUUUUGCAUCAACUCCAAAGAUUUUGUGGACAAGGGCUGGGUCAUACCCGAAGAGGACUUGCAGCUAAGAGAAAGCAUUGGCAAAGGCGAAUUCGGCGAUGUCAUGCUGGGCAUAUUACGCAAUGAAAAAGUGGCGGUCAAGGUGCUUAAAGAUGAGGGAGCAGUGCAAAAGUUUCUAGCCGAGGCAUCGGUCAUGACGACGCUAGAACAUGAGAAUCUGGUCAAAUUUGUUGGCCUGGUAUUCACCAGUAAACAUUUGUUUUUGGUUACGGAAUAUAUGAGCAAAGGAUCACUGGUUGAUUACUUGCGUUCGCGAGGACGGCAGCAUAUAACCAAAAAGGAUCAAAUCAAUUUUGCCUUCGACACUGCCUCGGGCAUGGAGUAUUUGGAAGCGAAAAAGGUGGUACAUCGAGAUCUGGCAGCCCGUAAUGUUCUGAUAUCCGAAGACUGUGUGGCCAAGGUAUCUGAUUUUGGUUUGGCACGCGAAGAAUGCUAUAAUCUUGAUGUGGGCAAAUUGCCAAUUAAAUGGACAGCGCCUGAGGCGCUAAAGAAUGGCCGUUUCUCAAACAAAUCAGACAUGUGGAGCUUUGGCAUAUUGUUAUGGGAAAUCUACUCUUUUGGUCGUGUACCAUAUCCCAGAAUUCCAUUAGCUGAUGUAGUGAAACACGUUGAAGUUGGCUAUAAAAUGGAAGCACCUGAAGGCUGUCCGCCAGAGAUCUAUGAAAUGAUGCGUCAGGCAUGGGAUCUAAAUCCAAUAAAGCGACCGACAUUUGCGGAACUUAAAGUAAAGCUGCAGUUAUUAAAUCAAGCAACCGCGUGAUGAGAUGAGCAAGGCAAGCACAUGCAGAUGCUUGAUUUAUAUACUUAUACCGACGACACACACACAACCAGACUAUGACAUUAACACUAACACCAACACUGAACGCAACAAUUUUUUCGUACCAAUUAAUUGAAACAGAAAAAAAAAGAAAAAACAUUUAUUUAAGUAUAAGUUUUUUGUUUGUUUGUAAGAGAUGAAAUGAAACCCAACACAAUCAAGCAAUGUUAGUGAAGUUGCUCCAGCUCCCCCAAUCAACCAGAAAAUGAUGAUAACGAAAGCAACUCUUUAGUGUUAUUUACCUAUUAUUCUUAACUACUAUACCUACUAUAAUAAUUAAUAUAAAUACAUAUAUAUAUAUAUAAAUUGAUAUAAAUUAUAUUAUCGUACAUUACAUUAUGUGUUAACCUGUAGAUUUAUUAUAUUAUAGUAGCGAGUUGUUCAUAUUUCAGGCCCAAAAGAGAACAUAACUAAAAUUGUCCCCAAUU